AUGUUUUUCAUCCUUAUAAUAUAGCCUAUUUCUGUUUUUAGUUCUUUUUUAAAAAAUGAAUAGUACCCGUUAAGUGCAACAUGAUCCAAAGCUAGGGUCCGGCCCAAAAGGAGUAGACAGUUACAGGGAGCGCUGGUGGUUCUCCCACGCCCACGGUGGCGCGGCGAAGGUGUAAGCUCAUGUUCCUCCUCUGACACCACCACACUUCUCACACUGUCUAGUUCAGAAUGCUGCAUUAUCUCCAACCUACAAAAAUAUCCACCUGGAUAAUCAUGAAGUGCCUACAAAAUAAUCUGGAAUGGCUUCUAAGGAGGUUUUAGAGAUGCUGGGUGAAUAUUGUUUUCCUUUUCCUUCUCUACAAUGACAUGAAACCCUUGAGAAGGUGUGGGAGGUUUUGUGCUUGUUCUGGCAUUCGCUUUAGGAAUCUGUCAGUUAUUUCUGAGGCCAAACCAGAGCUGUUAGAGGUGGAAAAAGAUGUCCAUGUGGAUCCUGAUUUUACUCGUGUCUCAAAUUUGCAGUAUCUUUUGCAGUUAUGUGCUAAAACAAGAUCCUCUGUGGGGGGAAGGGCAUGCCAUGCUCAGAUGAUUCGUGUCGGCUUUGAAAUGGACAUAUUGACAUCAAAUAUGCUGAUUAACAUGUACUCUAAAUGUUCGUUAGUUGAUGAUGCUCGCAAAAAAUUCAAUGAAAUGCCAGUUAAAAGCUUAGUUUCAUGGAAUACCAUGAUUGGAGCGCUUACCCAGAAUGUUGUGGAGCAGGAAGCUCUCAUACUCUUCAUUCAAAUGCAAAGAGAGGGGACCCCUUUCAAUGAGUUUACCAUUUCCAGUGUUCUGUGUGAGUGUGCCUUCAGAUGUGCUAUACUUGAAUGCAUGCAGUUGCAUGCUUUUUCAAUUAAGGCUUCCGUAGAUUCAAAUUGUUUUGUUGGAACUUCUUUACUCCAUGUCUAUGCUAAGUGCUCUUCAAUGAAAGAUGCGGGUAGGAUAUUUCAGAGCAUGCCUGAGACAAAUGCUGUUACAUGGAGUUCAAUGAUGGCAGGGUAUGUGCAGAAUGGGUUUCAUGAGGAGGCCUUGCUGCUUUUUCAGAAUGCUCAGUUGAUGGGUUUCGAGCAGGACGCGUUUAUGAUAUCAUCUGUUGUUAGUGCUUGUGCAAGCUUGGCAACUUUGAUUGAAGGGAAGCAAGUGCAUGCAAUGUCAUGUAAGUCUGGAUUUGAUUCAAAUACAUAUGUUACAUCCUCCAUUAUAGACAUGUAUGCCAAAUGUGGCUGCAUAAAAGAAUCUUACCUUAUAUUUCAAGGUGUGGAGGUGAAAAGCAUUGUUUUAUGGAAUGCAAUGAUUUCUGGGUUUGCUAGACAUGCUUGUGCGCUGGAGGCUAUGAUAUUAUUUGAAAAAAUGCAGCAGAGAGGCUUCUUUCCUGAUGAAGUGACAUAUGUAUCGGUACUAAAUGCAUGUAGUCAUAUGGGUUUGCAUGAAGAAGGACAGAAGUAUUUUGAUCUCAUGGUCAAACAGCAUAAUCUUUCACCCAGUGUCCGUCACUACUCAUGUAUGGUUGAUAUUCUUGGUCGAGCAGGACGGAUUCAACAGGCUUAUGACUUGAUAGAGAGAAUGUCAUUUGAUGCAACUAAUUCUAUGUGGGGUUCGCUUUUAGCUUCUUGUAGAAUUUAUGGCAAUAUUGAGUUUGCUGAGAUUGCAGCCAAGCAUCUGUUUGAAAUGGAACCUAACAAUGCUGGAAACCACAUCUUGCUUGCCAACAUAUAUGCAGCAAAUAAAAAGUGGGAGGAAGUUGCAAGAACAAGGAAGGCCCUCAGAGAAGGUGACAUAAGGAAGGAGAGGGGUACGAGUUGGAUUGAAAUUAAGAAUAAGAUUCACUCAUUUACUGUGGGUGAGAGAAAUCAUCCACAAAUCGAGGAGAUUUAUGCUAAGUUGGAUAGUUUGAUUGAGGAGUUGAAGAAGCUGAAUUACAAGGUUGAUACCAAUAAUGACCUGCACGAUGUGGAAGAAAGCAGCAAACAAAUGCUUUUGAGGCACCACAGUGAGAAGCUUGCUAUAACCUUUGGAUUGAUGUGUUUGCCUAGUAACAUACCAAUAAGGAUUAUGAAAAACCUCAGAAUCUGUGGUGAUUGCCAUGAAUUUAUGAAGCUCGUGUCUAAGUUUACAAGCCGGGAGAUCAUUGUUCGAGAUACAAACCGUUUUCACCACUUUAAGGAUGGUCUUUGUUCUUGUGGAGGCUUUUGGUGAACUUGUGUUCAAGAAACAAUCCCAUAGUUAUUUUUAUUAACUCCAACUAAUUCCUGCUUCUUUAAACCACUGUCCAUUGAUUUUUUGGAGAAGGCUUGAUGAUUAAAUAUGACUCGAGCAAUCUUCUAUCGAUCUACUUUAUAUAGCACAGAAAAUAUUGUCGAUGCAAAGGGUUGAUUUCAACUGUUUGUAAAGUACAAAUGAGCCUGAAACUUGUUGUUUGUUGCAGUUAAAUGAAGGUAAUACUUAAGUGGUGGUAUGACUUAUGAAA